AUGGAUGACAUUCCCCCUGAUCCAAGGGAAGAGCGAGCAAACGACAAAAGCACGAUUUAUGCCAUCUACCCUGUCAACCGGAUAUAUACAUUUAUCAUACCCGACCCAUCCUCCUCCAGAGUACUAUGGACCACUUUCGUUGUUCCGGCCUUCCGUAUUCCCAUUGGCAGUCAUUGGAUAGCGGAUUGCUCGUAUCAACCACCUCCUCCAAAGGACGGAGAAGCUUCUCAAGAACCUCUCUCGCUUUCAGGAAUCCUCGCAGAGUUCAAUGCGCGUUUAUCCCAGCUAUUUUCCUCCCGAGCUGCAUACCCGCUUGCGACCCGAUGUUUUGCAUUCGAAGAUUCGUACCCUCAAAAUGGCCAGGAUGCCGACUCAGCAAGGGAAGGGGGCGGUGGAGGGGGCGGUCAGGUCAAUAUAAAUGUAGGAGACACACUACCUGGGCUAGUGAUCAUCCCCAGCGAGAUCGGGCACAGCAAGCGGUUCUACCUCGGUACUCUUCUCGCAGAGCUCUGUGGAGCUGUUCUCGGAGAGUUCGGAAGUCUGGCCAACUUUCUUGAAACACCAACUGGAAUAGAUGCAUUGUCCACAGGCUUGUUUCCAACAUUGGGCAUAGCCGAAGAGACGUCUGCUCCUGGCCUGACAUUUGGCUCGCAUGGGAUGGUUUCGAAUGGCCCUAUAUCCAGAUCGCACAGUGACCCCCACUACGGGCCCGCCUCAACGCUUGCCCCUCGCCCUACUGCAAAACGCCAUGGGAAACUAACGGAUGCGAUGGCUUGGUACAACGAAGCUAUUUCGAUGUUCAAGUCGCCUAUUGAUUAUGCAUGGCAUGCAUCUGCGCUUGAAGGUUUUGCAACUGCUCUGAUUUUAGAUGCAUGGGCUCAGGGGGAUGGCCUGAAUACAUCAAUGUCAGCCUCGAAUUUGAGGGAACCAUGGGCCGACGUACUUGACCGCCUUUCACAAGCCACUGGCUUAUACUGGAACAGACUCCGAGCACAGCCUACUCUCCCUACUCUACACCGAAGCUUCACUCCGGACUGGUACUCUACUCUUUGCAAUUUGGAGUGCAAAGGUUGGGGCCCAGUUGCGUUUGGGACUCUAGUCCGAGGUGGAAUACCACCCGUUUUUGCCAACCUAGCCAGCGAGGGCGCCAACGCAAAAUCGGACGGUCCUAUAGAUCCAACCAAGAACCUAGGGCCGACAUUGUCCCACCUAUCCGAUCGACCAACCGCUCCCGUAGCUCCUCUCCUGCGCAUGAGCACAAUUACUCAGAUAUCUCGUGCCCAGAUUGCUAAUGUUGCAGGGCAAGCUCAUGGCCCAUGGCUUCAGCACCUCCAACCCCGGGAUCGAUUACGCGUAUUGACACAGUUGGCAACACUAUAUGCGUGCUUGGGGUUCAGACGCAAGGACUACAUCCUGCGUGAAUUACUGGCAUGUAUUGUUGACUUGAUUAUAUGCGCGCGAGAAGAGACCGGUACAAAAGUUAGCACCGGAAGGAUGUCCGUGAUCACAGACCCCAACGAAAACCGGGGAGGUGGAUGGCCGGGGCCGGGAGCGAACCAAACGGGCGAGAUAUCAGAAGGCACAGGCGAAAUUGGUGUUCGAAUAGCUGAAACAACUGAAGGGAACGAGAGCAUACUACGGAUAGUCAAGUAUGUUUGCGAGAUUUAUGGCAUCGAUGUGUCGCGUGUGCAAGUUGGAAUGGAUGCCAUUGAUACAGGGACCAAGGAUGGUAGUGUCGAUGACGACAUCGAGCUUGAUUCCCCCAGGUUUGGAUGGCGUGAGGUACAGGUUGGCGUUGUCAGAGAAGCUGUACAGAUUGCAGAGGCCCUACCUGACCACCGAGCUGUCGCACAGCUGGCUCUCAUAAGCUUACGACAACUUAAUGCUUGGAUGAACCCUGCCGAUCAACACCAUCUAUAUACUCUUCGCAUCGAGAUCCUUAGCAACAGCUCAUCCGUGGAAGUUGUUCCCUCAGCAAGCGAUAGGAUGCCCGUUGAGCGACCAUGGAAGGAUCUUGCACCCUCUGAAGCUGACUCUGCAAAGGACGCCGCAACUUGGUACUCUUUUAACCCUCGGGCUCGAAGAAGAGGAAACACCAAAGCAACUGUCGUGGAAAACGAAACCGUCGAAUUUGCGGUCACGCUCCAAAACCCGUUUGCGUUUGAUUUAGAAGUUCAAAGUCUGGCACUUAGUACCACAGGAGCAUCCAUACAAGCCGCCCCCGUGUCAUUACUCAUCCCUGCCAACUCGUUCCACGUGAAACACAUUUCCUGUACCCCACUCGAGGCUGGUACACUUGUCAUUCGCGGAUGCAUGGUCCAGCUCCCAAAUAGUACCCCCAAAGAGUUUACCUUGCCGCUUGCUUCGGAAGCACAAGAGGCGAGCGUCGAAAAACGGAGAACUAGACUUCUGGACGAUAUGGUUCGUGUAAAGGCCUCGGGCUUGGACGCUCGUCGACGAAGCACUUUGGUCUCGGAGCCCUCAGUGAAAGAGCGCAAGGAAGAAUUUCUUGAGUGCCGCGUCGUACCGCAGCUACCUUUGUUAAGAGUGCGGAGGACAUCACUUACACAAGGAGCACUGAUGUUAUAUGCGGGUGAAUGCUUCCGCAUACGACUAACUGUCGAGAACGUUUCAUUACUUCCAAUCGACUUCUUACGCAUGUCCUUUGAGGAUUCGACUUUACCUGCAUUGCAGCAAGCACUUGCAGAAGGAGAACUCACUAUAGCUGAGGCGUACGAGACCGAGUACGAGCUCGUUAACAGGCCAGUACUGAGAUGGGACUUGGAUGGCACUGAUGCUUCCACUAUAACCUUGGCACCCAGGCAGAAAAUGCCUAUAUGGGUGACAUGCUUUGGGAAGGAGGGAUGGUUAUACGAAUGCAACUAUGCGUAUACACUACUCGUUCGCGCGCCGAGACCAGGUCCCAUCCCCGAGUCAUUCUUCCUACGGUCCUUAUACUAUCCACUAUUGGUAACAGUGUACCAUACCCUCGAGUGCCAUGCCAUGGACAUUGUGCCAUACGGUGGCGGCCUAACUUCUGAUGACUCGCCCAAACUGUGGUGCUUAUUUAUGAUUGACGUGAAAAACUUGUAUGGACAGCCGUUUGAAGUCACAUUUGAACGAACACAAGAAGGAACCGAUCCAGCAUCUACGACUCGUCUGGUCGCUCCAGGUGCAACAUCUCGGGUUACUAUUCCUAUUCGUCGGCUUUCACUUUCACCAGAGCAAGUUUCUCGUGAUGUACCAACUCUGUCAGACCGUCAAUUCGUCGUAUCAAAAAUAGGCUUUACCGCAAUCCAGCAGGAGUUGUUCUGGUAUAGAGAGACCUUGUUUGAUAUCGUGAAAGGUCGUUGGAGUGAGCCCGGAACCGGGCGAACGGGGGAAGUUUCGCUAAGGCAACAGCGACUCACGCUCCCAAUGCUAGAAACCUUGCGCUUGGAAGAUAUAACCAUACAACUCUCGAUAGUACCGGACACGCCGGGAGAUGGUACAGAAAUCAAGUCGUCGGGUGCCAACACGUACAGAGUCCCUUUGAACGAAUUUUUACACCUGCGUACCGAAGUCCAUAACUUGACCACUCGAGAACUCCCGUUGAUACUCGAUAUCAAAGCGGCUCGAGAAACCCGGUUGGAACAUAUUCUAUUCCAAGAACCACACUCGGACAUCCACCUUGGAAUAGUGGGAACCGAAAGCCAAGCGCGAGAAACUGGAUUAUGUUUUCUGGCCUCGGGGGAGUAUGCAUUUAUCGCCACGGUUCGUCACGCGGGUUUCGACGCAGAGGAAGUUACGACAAUGAUACGAAGUGAGGUUUCGGAGAUUGUUGUGAUUGUUGAGUGA